GGAUGCUUGAAAGGAAUUUUGAAAUGUCAAGUGGACAAACUAUCGACAUUUAAAGCCGAGGCUCAACUACAGAGCAGAGUCAAGCAUUUCUGGUUUGAGAGCAACGAUGAGCUGCUCCUUCUGCAGUGUGACUUAUCGACAACAAGAGCGGGUAGUAUUAGAUUGGCAAAGUUCGUUAUUGAACAGUUGCGCAACGAAUACUUUGCAAGAAGACAACGUAAUGAGUAUGUAAACAUGCCAACAAAACAUGCAUGUAUUAUAUUGCAUCAUCAUAGGGAUCAGACAAGCACAAGUUCCUUCAACAUCAUGUGUGGAUGGGAACAAGUAACUAUUGAGACUUUAGCGCCUCAAGAGAAACCACUGUCUGCUCUCAUAGAAGGCAGUCUAAGUACAGUAAUUAACUCAACAUAUCCUUUCGAAGAGAUCUUGCAACAAGAAUUAUUACGGUGUCUACUUUGUAUUAAAUAUCCGAAUUCUUCACAAUCAAUCGAGCAUGUUCGAGGAAAUUCCAAACUAGAAAGCAUUCGUAGAUAUUUUGAAGAUGAGAGAAGCCCAUUGCGCAGCUGUUAUAUGCACUGCGCGCUCCUGACGUUCUUCAACAUUACUGACGAUUUGAAGGAAGAUGAAGAGUUGACUGAAUUCUGGAAGAAUAUGUAUCUAAACAAGAAGACUCUUGACAUUGAGGCGAUCAAAGAGCCUGGACCAGAUGGCUAUGCUAUAGCUAGCGGCUUACAUGACCUUCAUUUCCCAUUUAUGAACCAAAUUAAUAGCUUCAAGAAAAUAUAUACUGACGAUAUUGCCGAAUUGGAGGAAGAUGAAAACAACUUCGAUGAAACUGGUGAACUCAAUAAAAAAGUUAUCUGCACCGCUGCGACGUUUUCAAAACUUUACUAUAGAGAUUUUGUGACAGUGAUUGCGUCCAACCAUGGUGGUGCCAAGGUUACCGGAAUCCUAAUGCCUCUUUUAAGCCGUCUUAUGGCGCAAAUGCAGUUAGCUUCAUUAUUCCCGACUAUUAUGGAGAAUUUAGACGACUACGAGGAUUAUGAAGAAACGUUUGAACAACAUAUUAUUUAUGAAGUGUCUCGAAUUUUCCUGGAUGAACUAUGGCAACUUUCUGGCGAAGAAGACAUUCAUGACAAGGCGAUAAAGUGGCAGCUGGACGUCGCCAAUAUUAUGUCCCUUUGCGUCCAACUUCCCGGAUAUAAGGAAGUGAUAUCAUUCCAGCUACUCAGGGUUUGUAAUGAUCUGCUUUCUGCACAAGCUAUCCCUGUUGACCGCCUUAAAAACAUUAUCAACUUUGAUGAUGAAGAUUUUCUUUCUGUGGAUUUCUUGAACGACGUACUCAGUAUUUUGGACAAUCUCGAGCCAACAGAAAAGAACCUGACUUCACGUCAGUCAUUCUUGUUACGGUUCUUAAAUAUGAUUGAGAACGAUUCGAAAGUUCAACUGUUCCUUUACGAUAAAAUAUUCCAACCUGCAGAACCAUUGCGUUUUACAGCGGCCGUCAUUCUUCAUAUCAUAUCUGCAGAAGACAUAAAGAAUGAUAAUAUAUUACUAUUGCUUGUGCGAAGUCCUACGGAUGCAUUCGCAAAGUCCAGACGCCUAGAAGCUAUUAACCGCCAAUUGAAGAUGCACGAUCCGAAUUCACAAUGCAGAAAUUCAAACCUCCAAGAACUCUCUGGACUCUUCCGCGAUGCGUCUCAGGCAAUACGUGGAACAAUGUCGGAACCAUUGCAACGCAUAUGCUCUAUUGCGCUUUUGAAACAAUUUGUUCAGGAGUUUUGGGAAUCUGCUGGUUUAGAUAAGCCAACCGUUCAGCAAAGUGAGCUUAAUUUUAUGCUGACAGACGACAUUCAAACGCUUAUAGAUGAACUGAAUAGCGCCAUGGAAUUCAAUCAUCCACAAAUUCAUUCGCUAAAAGUUUAUUUUUUGAAAAAUCUUCGAUUUCGUGGCUUUACCAUUGGUGACCUCAAGACAUUCUGCACGGUCCAGAAGGGGCUGCUACCUUGGUUGGCAACUUUGCCAUGGGAUUACGUUAAUAUUAAUCAGACCAGUCGAAUCCCGUUCAAUCCUUAUGGCUUACUUCAAGAAUACGGUGAUGCAGAAAUAGCCUAUACUACAAUGACACGGAUGGUUGACGAUAAUGCCAAUAAGAGCAAUGCGUGA